AUGGGUUGCUGCUCAAGCACCAAUUCCUCAUCAUCCCCCCCUUAUGAUCCUCCUCCGACGAAUCUCUCACCGAUGACCACCCCUACCAGAUCAGACUGCCCUUACCAGUCUAUCUCCACUCUCCCGCCAGAACAAGAGGAGUCGGUAAAGGAAGUUUUAUCCGAAACAACUCCGACGCCCACGAUUCAAGAUGCAGAAGACAAUUAUAAACUGGCCAUGACCUGGCCGGAGGAGGAGACAUUAGAGAAUGUCGUCGGCGACCAUUCUCCUCUUCAGGCACAAAUGGUGAACGACAAAUGGGAAAUGAUGUCAGAAGAAGUACUACUGCGGCAACGUUCGCCGGCAAAGUUCCGUAACCGACCGGUCUCCGGUCAGAGAAGGUUGAUUUCGACGUCUCCAGGUCGUGUUGAUCACAGGAAAAGAAGAGACUCCGGGGAGAUUUCGGGAAGGAGAUCGAGGUCACCGGUAACUCGCGUUGGCGAUGGUGGUGGGGGAAUUACAAAUCUGGGUCUUACCCGGAACCCGUCGUCGUCGUCGAGGAGGAUGGGUAAGUCUCCCGGUCGGGUAAGAUCCGAACCCGAGAAGUAUUUGAAAGAAGAAGAAGACAAAUUGAAAUGGCCACCGACGACGACGACGAAUGAGUCACUUGAAAACCCACUUGUAUCCUUUGAAUGUUUCAUUUUCCUCUAA